AUGCCUUUGCCUUUGGACCUUGGGGGGGAGAGUUUGUCUAUCAUGAAGCACCUGUUCAUGAAGUCCACCAUUUCCAAUCUUCAGUGCUCCACUUCGUCAUUGUCGCCUUUGGAGGGUGAGAGCACCAUUCCUUUAGACUGGACUUUGCCCAUGUGGUCUCAUGCACAGACAAUGCUCUUCCGCAGGAUUCGGUUGCACUUCGAGAAAGCGACAGCCAUUGUGGAAGAUGCCCAAGACCGUCGCAAAUACAGAAUGUCUGAAUCGGAUCUGUUGAGCCUCAGAAAUGUUCUGUGCCUUUGGGCACAGGUGAGGGAUUUCCUCUCUACCCGCCUUCCCAACUUCACGAGCCUGGAGGAAGCACUCAUGAAGGGCAAUGGAGCUGAUCAUGAGCUAGAACAGAUCCUUCAGCAGCGGCCAGCCGUGUUUGCAGUUUCCUUCUUGCCGUGUGCGCAACAGUCAGCUCUGGAAGAUGUCAAGAAGCACGAAGAAGUUGUGACAUUAGAAGCUCAGAAGCAGAGAUUGGAACUGAGGGAUGCAAAGUGGAAGUACUUUGCUGCUGCGCUUAACCGUGAUCAGCAGGUUUUGCGCAUGAUUCUUUCUGCUCCAGCAAAGCUUGAAGCUUUGAAGCACAGGAAGCAAAUGGCAUGGAGGAUUGAGCAAGCCCAGGUCGGAGAACGGGUGGUGAAGAGCUACCUUGAGAAGUUCCUUCGGUGUGAUGUUGUUGAGAAGAUGGAGCAUGGGCAGCUGAAGGUCAACGAGUACAGGAGUUUUGUGGCAGCUACUUGCAAUUGCAAAGAAUCUGAUGUCCACAUCUUGACCUUCGUGGAUUUGAAUGUUCCUUUGGCCAAAUCCAAGGAACGCAUGGAGGAAUUAUGCACCCUCGUGCAAUUCGCGAAUGACCUCCAACCUACGCGCAAUGUCGGCGUCAUUGAGGUGCCUGAAGCACCGAAGAAGACCUCAAAGCGUGGCCUUGCGGAUGAGGAGUCUGAUCUGCAACAGACUCUGUGGGGGUUGCGGCAAGCAUGUGACAACAGAUGGUUUGUUCCUUUUGAGAUCCAAGCCUCGGCAGAUGCCCAGACUGCCAGGAGGCGGUUCUCCUUUGGACGCUUGGUGGUCAACAAGGAGGCUGAAAGCGAUAACCCGUGGAUCAACAACAGUGAGUUUGGUAGUGCAGGCAGACCUUUGGGCACUGACCCAAUUAUCCUACCAUUGAGCAAAGACCUGAUCCUGCCAGAAGCAUUAGAUCCAGACAGCGACCUGCGCUUUGCAGAAAGACUUCGACCAAGUUCGGAAGCGACAUCCGCUCAAAAAGGGUGUCAGCGUUGGGAGGCAAUUCUCAAGUCCAUGCUCACCAUGACCGGCUACAGCUUGAAGAAGUCACCAGUCAUUGUACUCAACCUCACGUCCUAUGUGGAGGAUCUUGGAGUUUCAGCUUUCCGUCUCAGGGAGUCCAAGCAAGAGCUCAAGGGAGGCUUUCACACGGACUUGCUCUUUUACCAAAGCGUUUGGUGGCUAAACAAGGACGGAUUUGGAGCUGCACGAUUGGCCAGAGAGGUGACCGAUGCAUGGAUCGCAGGUAAGCUGGAGCACGCAGGGCAGAAAAUCAAUGUCGACAUUCCAGCUUUGACGAAUGAUGAAAUCUCAUCAAUCCCAGGCGCUGCCGCAAGCCUUUCUCGACUUGACACGGUGCAGUUCGAAGUCCUGGAAAGGAUUGGCAGCAGCAUGAACAUCAAGAAUGACGAACACCGCUUCUGGAUGGCCCAGGGAGGGACCAUCACAGAUGAAUAUUGCGCCCUUCGUGAAGCUCAUCUUGACCUCAUAGGAAGGGAAAAUCAACUUGUAGAGGCACAACCCGAGAACACAGAGUCUGAAGCAGCUACCACAGCUACCACCAUGGAAUCCUUGGAAAAAUUGGAAGCGUCGCAUGGUGUUGAGCACAAGGUUGCCUCGGAGAUCCCUCAGGUGGAGAUUAUUUUGGCAAAAGAUGGGUCUUUGUGGCUGAUGUCUUCUCAAGAUCGGUCCAUCCCAAAGCAUUCACAACUCGGAGGCUUUGGGACAGGGCAGUAUGUGCCAGCAGAAGGAGAGGAAGGCAUCGACUUCCAUCUCCCUGAAGGGGAUCGCUCUCUGGUCCAACUCGACGAGGCAUCUUUCAAAGCAGAUGGGAGUGGUGUGUCAGUCAUCACCUUCUUCAAAAUGCUUGUCUUAGCGGAGCAGCAGAAGCAUCUCACUCAACAUCUGGUCUCCUACAUGAAUGUGACCAGGAAAGCGGACAGCAGCCUUGAGACCGGGAUGGAUGGUUUUGAGAUCACCUACAAAUCCAAGAUGCGAUUCAAGUGCUUGGUUCAGGAGAAGGUCACCUGCAAGAACAUUUUUGCGAAGAUGGUGGGCAAAAUCAAUGAGAUGGGUCAACUGCAGUCGAUUUUUAGGUUCCGAUAUGAAAGGAUUGGAGCCUCUUUUAAAGUCCAGCGGCCAUACGUAAUUACAAAGGCCAGGAUUAGCCUCAAGCGCGGACAGCCUCAACAAAUCAAAUAG